AUGGCAACAGAAACAUUCCUAUUCACAUCUGAAUCAGUGAACGAGGGACACCCUGACAAGCUAUGCGACCAGAUCUCUGAUGCUGUACUAGAUGCUUGCCUUGAGCAAGAUCCAGAGAGCAAAGUUGCAUGUGAAACUUGCACAAAGACCAACAUGGUUAUGGUUUUUGGCGAGAUCACAACAAAAGCCAAUGUUGAUUAUGAGAAAAUUGUCCGUAACACAUGCAGGAACAUAGGUUUUGUUUCAGAUGAUGUUGGUCUUGAUGCUGACAACUGCAAAGUUCUUGUCAAUAUUGAGCAACAGAGUCCUGAUAUUGCUCAAGGUGUUCAUGGCCAUCUCACAAAAAGACCUGAAGAAAUUGGUGCUGGUGAUCAAGGUCACAUGUUCGGUUAUGCCACUGAUGAAACCCCGGAGUUUAUGCCUCUUAGCCACGUUCUUGCGACCAAGUUGGGCGCUAAGCUCACCGAGGUUCGCAAGAACGGGACAUGCCCUUGGUUGAGACCUGAUGGGAAAACACAAGUCACUGUUGAGUAUUACAAUGAUAAGGGUGCCAUGGUUCCAAUCCGUGUCCACACUGUCCUUAUCUCGACCCAGCACGACGAAACUGUCACCAACGAUGAAAUUGCAGCUGAUUUGAAAGAGCAUGUGAUCAAGCCUGUGAUCCCUGAGAAGUACCUUGAUGAGAAAACCAUCUUCCACUUGAACCCUUCUGGCCGUUUCGUCAUUGGUGGACCUCACGGUGACGCGGGUCUAACCGGCCGCAAGAUCAUCAUUGACACAUACGGUGGUUGGGGUGCACACGGUGGUGGUGCUUUCUCAGGAAAAGACCCAACCAAAGUUGACAGAAGUGGAGCCUACAUUGUAAGACAAGCUGCAAAAAGUAUUGUUGCUAAUGGAUUUGCCAGAAGGUGCCUUGUGCAAGUUUCAUACGCCAUCGGUGUGCCCGAGCCAUUGUCUGUUUUCGUCGAUUCAUACGGUACCGGAAAGAUUCCUGAUAAGGAAAUCCUUAACAUUGUGAAGGAAACCUUUGAUUUUAGGCCUGGAAUGAUCUCAAUCAACCUUGAUCUUUUGAGAGGUGGGAAUGGUAGAUUUUUGAAGACAGCUGCAUAUGGACAUUUUGGCAGAGAUGAUGCUGAUUUCACAUGGGAGGUUGUUAAGCCACUCAAAGGUGGAAAGUUAUCUACUGCAUAA